UCACAGUCGUUCUUAAUUUUUCCUAAAGUUUUAAUUUUGAAACAGGGUCUCACUAUAUUGCCUAGACUGGCCUCAAACUUAGAUCCUCCUGUCUCAGCCUCCAUAGUAGUUGGGAUAACAGAUAUGGGCCACCAAGCCCAGUUUAGGAGUCCCUAGUUUCUAUUCCUAGUACCAUAAAAUGGGGAGGGGGAAGGGAACAAAUAAUCCACAGGGAGCCAAGUUCAGAGAAUUCUCAGGGUUGUACUCCUCCUUAGUGCUUGUUUAUAUAUUCUCCCUGUAACACUAGGUGUCCUUUGCAUAUUUUAUCUUGCUAAAUAGAAUUGCUCUGUCUUUUCCUCUUAUCUGUUUAUCCUUCAAAAUGACAUCAUUGUCCAUUUCCUGCUCUAGGAACCAGAACUAUGGCUGCUGAGAGCGUUCCCUCAGAGAUCAUAGAAAGACAGCGAAAAAAAUUGCUUAAUAUCCUCCAACAAGAUCCAGAUUCUAUCCUGGAUACGUUAACCUCUCGACAGUUGAUUUCUGAAGAAGAGUAUGAGACUUUAGAUAAAGUUACAGAUCCCUUGAAGAAAAGUCGAAAGCUGUUAAUUUUGGUACAGAAAAAGGGAGAGGUGAGCUGUCAGUAUUUUCUCAAGUGUUUACUUAGUACUUUUCCAGAGUCAGCUACUACUUGGGACUUACAGCUUGGUGAGUUGAAUUUUUAUACUUUGAUGGGGGUUGGGAGUAAGGGUAAAUGUAAUGGGGAAAUUGCUUUGUCCUUCAGGGAGGAAGAGAAGGACUAUGACACUUCAAAAAUCACAUCGCCAUAUUCAGUCAAAAGAGUUGAAUAUGAAGUUCCAGCAACCAUUACAUAUUUACAGGAUGGACAGAGAUAUGAGGAGCCAGAUGAUUCUUUGUACUUAGGAAAAGAGGAAUGUCCAGGUUCUGCUGGGUACACUGAAGAUGCAGAAACUACUAUGAAAGAGGGAGGUUAUGAUGUUCUAGAGCACAUUGUGCAUCAUGGUAAAGAAGACUCCAAGUGUUCAGAAUCCAUCGGAUUCUCUGAUGAAUGCAUUCCUGAGGAGUCAGAAACCAGCAUUUCAUUGGAGGAGGGAGACAAAAACCUGGAAGAAAGAAAGAAAGUGUUUAAAGAUGUACUUUCCUCUUUGAAUAUGGAUAGAAGCAGAAAACUUCUGCCAGAUUUGGUUAAACAGUUCUCCUUGGAUCAUGGAUGUAGGUGGACACCUGAGACUCCAGCAGACUUAUCCUGGAAUUUCCUGAUGAAAGUUCAAGCACUGGAUGUGACAGCCAGAGACUCAAUCCUCAGGCGCAGGGUUCUGGAUGAAGACAGCAAAGAGGAAUUGAUGACUGCUCUGGAAAAGUUGGAAAUUCGAGACAUACAAACCAUUCAUCCCCUCGAUGUGCUUUGUGCCUCCAUGCUGUGUUCAGACAGCUCUUUGCAACGAGAAGUCAUGUCAAACAUGUAUCGAUGCCAGUUUGCUCUUCCCCUGCUGCUGCCAGACUCAGAAAACAACAAAAGCAUCUUAAUGCUGAGGGCCAUGGAGGACAUUGUGAAGAAGCGGUCAACACAGUCCUCAGGAGGGCCCACGGGGGAUUCAGAAGAGUUUCUGAGUCUCAUGAAGAUGCCUGUCAUCUCUUUUGUACGUCUAGGGCACUGUAGUUUUUCCAAGUCCAGAAUCCUCAAUGCACUGCUCAGCCCUGACCGACUGAAAUCACACAAAAUCUUUCUUCAUCACGAUUUUUCUGUUCCGAUGCUUCCUAGGCAAAUAUCUGAUGGCCUUGUUGAGAUAGCAUGGUGUUUUCCUGACAGUGAUGAAAGCCCGGGUAUUUUCCAAAAGCCUGUUGCUGUGGCCAACCUUCGUGGAGACCUAGAAAGCUUUUGGACACAGUUUGGGCUCUUGGUGGAAGUUUCCUCAGCUAUUUUUUUUUUCGCUGACUGCUUAGGUGAGAAGGAAUGGGACUUGCUGUUGUUUUUAGGACAAGGUACCAUUCAAAGAUGCUACUUUGUACUCAGUCCCCAAGCCAGGGUGAGUGAAGAGGCUCAGAUUUUCCAGAGGACCUUGAAACUGAAACCAUCACAGCUACUGUUUUGGGAAGAGGAAGAAGCUGGGGACAGAGGGAAGAACAUGGAAGGCCUUUCCACUGCCCUUCAGGAAGUGAUGUCCUCUUCACUCAGAUGUGUGUCUUUGAAGGAUAUGGCCUCCCUGGCCAGGGAGUUGGGGAUUCAGGUAGACCAAGACUUUGAGAAUGCUCAAGGGAUUCAGAAUUUCCCUAAUGUAAACAGGGCUGGAACAGCUGAAGGUGAGGGACAACAAAGAUAUAGUCAACUAACAAAUUCAUCUGAAGGCCAAGCUUUGAGACCUACGAGAGAUCCUGGGAUUGCAGGUGAAGUCAGCCAAAAUUUUCAGAAUUUUCACCACUCUCCAGUAUCCAAGUCUCAUCUAGAAAAUGCCUGGCCUUCACCAAACAGAAUUGGAGGUAACUUUGACCAGGUUUCCUUGGAGUCUCCCUGGGUUAUGGGCUCCCACUUAGGGUCAGAACAGAGAUCUAAAUGGUUCUGUGCUUCGCCUUUUUGGAAUUCAAGGUCCCAUAAAAAAGGUAAAGAUUUUGGUACCCAAUAUUCCCAAGCCCAGAGAUAUUAUUCAGGUGAAAAAUUCACAAAAUUUUCAAGCACCUCUUGGGACUAUCACUUGAAUCAAACAUUUGGAAGACCCCCAAGACCCAGUUCUAAGCAUGUGUGGGCCUGUCCUGAGAGAUCACAAAGAAUGGGAGUUCUUGCAAAGUUUGGGGCAGUGGUCUCCCUGGUAGGUCACCUACGUUCUAUAGGUUCACAGGUAGCAGGACCAGUAGGGAAACCACAGCCCAAGCAAGCCCUGGCCCCAGGAACAAAAAUUACUCAAGUAACUGGAAAGUUUAUUAGAACAGCAUCCCAUAGUAAAGAUCUUCACCCUCAGUGCUUUCAGCCAACAGGAAACACACAAAAACUAGUAAGACCUGCUUCUCAGCAAGGAAACAAGCUGAUGGCUCAGGUUAGGCCUUCAGAUUCAGUUUUCCAAAAAGGAUCUCAUUCCACAUCUAAGAGCAAAUUUUUACCCAGCUCUCAGUUCAUAUCCCAUCAGCCUAAGCCAUUCCAGGUGAAGCAUUUCCAGCCCAAAUCCUCUCAACCUGGGUCUUCUCAAGCAAAAUCUUCUCAGACAAAAGCCCCUCAGCCCCAGCCCUCCCAAGCUAAGCCUUCUCAGCCUAGACCCAUUCAACCUAAAUCAUCCCAGACCCAUGCUUCACAGACCAGAGCAUAUCAACCAAGAGCAGGGCCCAAACGGGUAGGGAAACGUUAAAUAGUGUACUCCAGAGACCUACAGGUUGUGUUCUUUAUCUAGGUCAUUCCUAUCAUAUAGUAACCAGAAGAAGAAAUUUAGUCAAAGUUUAAGACUAUUGUCAUUAGUGUGACAUAAUCAAGAUAGGCAAAGUCUAAUUGGUUGUCAUUAAAAUAUCUGUAAGAGUGGUGUCCCUAAGCAAGAGGAAAAAUAUGAAAAUAGUUAAGAAUAGUAUCAAACAGUAAAUAAAUAAGUUGAAUACAACCUUGAGCAUUAAGUAAUGUAUAACUUGAAUCCAAUGGGGUCUGUGAGACAGACUCACUAGAAGGAGAAUGGGAUUAGAGACUAAUUGUGCUAUGAUCACAAAGUAGGGUUCAGUUGCCUCAAUGUGGCAAGAAAAAUUGCCCUAGAUGUUAACCGCUCCAGAAGUGCCUUGGUCAGAAGUUUCUGAUGCUAUAUCAGCCACUGAGGUGAUAACCCUUCUUAAUUGGAUAGUUAAAUCACCUUGCUGAUAAUGGCCUCAAUUUGCUUGGUUGAUAAAACUUUUUUUUUGACAUUUAUAGAUAGAAAUAAUGAACUAACAACCAAUAAAAUUGAUUAUCUUAUUAACUGUAUGAGUGAGUUAUGUAUAUUUCAUAUUUUAAAUAUUUGUAACAGUUAAGAAUAUUUGGCUUAUUGUAGGAUCUGACAUAUUACUAGUCUCCAAUUAAAAAUGUGCCUUUGAAUUUUUAGAGUUAAAGUUAAAUUGGAAAAAUUAAGAUAAACUUAAAAAUUAUAAAAAGUAUUGAAAUGCUUAAGAGAACUUAAGAUUCAUAUAAUUUUUAUUUUUUGUUAGAUUCAUAUUAUUCUGAACAUUUCAGUAAGUUAUAUUACUUAACAGUAUUAAAUAAAAGAAUAUAUGAAAA